AUGGGUAGGCACAACGGCUACCUUCAAGAGGAUAAACAAUUGGAAUCAUGGCCCAGGAUAGUUCGGACCAAGUUUAACUUCACCAUCUAUCCCAUCACUUUUCCUGAAGAGAGCAAAGAGUGGAAGAAACUCUUCAAACCUUGUGCCUCCCAGAGGCUUUUCCUGCCUUUGAUCUUGAAGGAGGUGGAUUCUUUGCUCUAUGUGGACACGGAUAUCCUUUUCCUGCAACCAGUUGAGGUCAUCUGGUCCCUUCUUUCUCAGUUUAAUUCGAGCCAGUUAGCUGCCAUGGCUCCAGAGCAUGAGGAGCCUCGCAUCGGCUGGUAUAACCGUUUUGCCCGCCACCCUUACUACGGCAAGACAGGCAUCAACUCAGGAGUCAUGCUCAUGAACAUGACACGCCUCAGGGGGAAAUAUUUUAAGAAUGACAUGACAGCAGUUGCACUGAAGUGGGAAGAAAUUCUGAUGCCCCUUCUCCAGAAGUAUAAACUCAAUAUCACAUGGGGGGAUCAGGACCUUCUAAAUAUCAUAUUCAACCAAAACCCAGAAAGCCUUUAUGUGUUCCCUUGCCAGUGGAACUACCGUCCAGACCACUGUAUAUACGGCAGCAACUGUCACCAGGCUGAACAAGAAGGUGUCUUCAUUCUCCAUGGUAACAGGGGAGUUUACCAUGAUGAUAAGCAGCCAGCUUUCCGAGCUGUCUACGAAGCCAUCCAAAAGUAUCAGUUUGGUGAGGACAUGGAGACCACACUGCUUCAGCCCCUGGAGGAAUCACUGAAAAGCACAAAAAAUACGUACUGUGGCAGAGCCAGUCAUCUGUUUACUAAGAAGUUGAAAGAAAGUAUCAUGUCUGUUCAAAAAGAUGCCCCACAGAGAUGAUCAGGACAUCGCUCAUUCUGUAAUUAGUGUCUGAUGUUUCUCUGGGUGUGGAGGAUUUUACACACUCCAGUGGAGAUGAAUGAAAAAAUGACUCACAUUAACAGUGAAGCAUUUUCUGUUUACCAAGUACAUAUCAAGCCUGUGGAGGAUGAAGUGGGUAAUCAGUGGAAAUUUUUCUUUUUUUGUUGGAAUAUGUCCGAUGAACACACAAUCAGGUCAUAGACAUCCUCUCACUGUGAAGCAAAAUACAUAGAGAAUUUGGACCUCAUAGCUAAUAAGAAAGACGCUUGAGGUCUGAUUCCUGACAGGAUUAUGUUGCUUUUGCACCAACUAAAGAGAGUUGAAUGCAUCCAUUUUUACAAUCAGGUGCAAAACAAGAGCAGACUGCAUGUAGAACGACCCCUUGAUGGGUGUUAGAGCAAGCAGCAUGCUUUGUAAAUAGCAAUAGAAGAGGAUUUGCUUGUCAUGGCGCUGUCACUGACAACAAUGAACUCUUUGUGAACCUGCCCUUUUAAAUAGUCAAGACAAUCAAGGUCGUUUGAUCUUACGAGAACCCACUUUAAAGUGAAACAAUGAUCAGAUGUUUUUGUGGUAUUUUGGGGGGAAAUCUUGAUGCUGGGUAAAGUAUUUUAUUAGAGUUUUAAUAUAAGUUUUUGUACAGGAUUUGUACGGGUGGUUUUUCACAGCAGUAUAUCAUGGGACAUGGAUGUUGAUAUUGUAAGGUACUUGUUAGUUGAGAUGUCUUAAGUGAAUGAUCAGUAUUUAUUGUUGUUGGACAUCCGUGUGACAGGGAGCACUUUUAUGUCUUCUUUUAUAAUGUAACCUGAGACUAUUGUGUCGUAAACUCAGGUUUGGGAGUUGUCAAAGCAUUGUUUACUGUUCUUUGUAUUACUAGAGUCAUUUCAGUAAAGUAACACAUUUUACUAUGACUGGAACAAGAUGUACAUCUAUAGAGCCAUUAAAUCUGCUUCCAGAAUGAUUAAUCAUAAAUUUGCACUAUAAAUGAUUGUAACACAGUCUAUUAUUAUCCAUCUUACCGAAAGCCAGCAUUGACAUUUAAAUGUACAAAAAAUGAAU